GUCAAUUCACUACGAUCUUCGUGCUCUUUAUGGCCAUCUCACCAGUCUGACCACUAUUCGACUUGCCUAUUGGACGAGUGUUUUCACCGAUGGGAAUAGUAAGUCAGAACCACCCUGUCUUGGGUUCUAUUAUAGCAAAAAAGUGCCACUGUUUCUAUAUAGCUCGGCUAUCAUAGACCGAACGAAUUUUGUGGCUUAUUUUGAGUCUGUAAUAGAAAUGAGCAAGACGAGUAAGGGCUAGAGUAGACCCCUCUUUGCCGUUGGCUCUAGUACUUAAACAUUAAUGGUAACUAGUACAACACGAAGAUCUACUUUGAUACUCUACUAGAACACAGUACAAUAGGGAAUCAAACAUUCUACUUUUAGUACUUUACGUCACUACGCCUUUUAGUUCCUAAGUUUGAUCAUCAUAAAGUCGACGGAUCCAAGUUUUAGCGUAUACUAUAGAAGACGAAAAACCCCGUCCGUCGCCGGCAGCUUCUCGGAUAAACAUCCAAGCUCUUUGCCUCUCGGUCCUAUCAGCGCCGACGCCCCCCGUCAUGCAACUUCGUCGUUACGUCUCUUCAACUUUAUCAUCAUAGAGGAAGACGAUCGUGGUCAGCUUGUGAAGGAGGUGGUCUGCAUAAAGGUUCAAGGGAAGAGUAAUCAGUGGGCUCGUUUCCUAACAGCGCAUCCGACGUGGACUGUGACUCCGAGCAGAUCUGCACUAUAACUCUCGCGAAGUCGGGACACAUGGCAUGUAAGUUUGAAAUGCUCCCCCGGUAUGUAAGUUGUUAAAUGAGGGUUAUUUAAGUAGUUGAAUGGGAGGCAGCAUGUAGUCCUAUGGAAAAAAAAAGAAAACCUAUGGAAAAAGAAAAACGCGUGGCAUUCUGACGUGAUCGAGGUCCCUGAGGUUGAACUUAAGCCUGGCACUACAAAAAAAAGCGUACACUUUCAAUUGAAUUGAAGACAUUUUUACGAGGAGCAUUGAUGGGGAGGCGUCUUAGUGUGACAAUUUUAGAACGAAAGGAUUUUUCACCUGCAAUUUUCACGGACUGACCUGUCUGAUGGAGUCCUUUAUGACAAGGAAAUCGACGGAAGAGUCCGAGAACCAUCGUCAUCAUUGUCAUCAACUGGCAUAGCGAUGGACCUUUAUUUGAACUGACUGCAACACUUUAUAGACAAGAGAUUUGUAAGGACAAAUAAUGAUGACUGUGACGCCGAAUAGAU